AUGGAAUCGACACUCUGCUUACUCGCUUCGGCUUAUGCCAAGCCGCAGGGCUACAGCUAUCAAAAUCAGAAAAGCAGUUUCCAAAAUCAACAGAACAGCUUUCAAAUCAAACUCCCAGGUAUAAGUAGCAUAUCAAGCGCGCAACAACAACAACAACACAGCAGUUCUGCCGCAGUCGAAACUCCCAGCUUUCUGCAGCAGGCAUUACAAAAUACAAAACUAGCGCAAUCGCUCAUCAGCGCACCGCCCACCACCUACCUUCCACCCGUCACUGUGAGCGCGCCAGCACCUGUGCCUACCGCUGCAACGCCGAAUAACUUUUAUCAAGGCGCCCUUUUGUCGCAGGUAACACAACAACACUCUGGCUUCCAGCCAAGCCUUUUCUUACAACAACCCGCCCACCCAUCUUACGCGCAACAGCAAUAUCAACAAGGCAAUUACGCACAAUCACCAUCUCUGGUAACCAAGGACAUUUAUGUGCAUGUAGCACCCGAGGAGCAGGAGGAACGCUACCAGCGCCCGGUAUUGCCGCCACCACCGCCACGCAAGCACUAUCGCAUUGUAUUCAUUAAAGCGCCAUCACAUAAGACUAGCGCUGCAGCCUUGCGUGUGAAUCAAGCGCCGACCGAAGAGAAGACUAUCAUCUAUGUGCUUACGCGUAAACCGGAUCCAAUUGACUUGCAGGCAACCUACCAAGAGGCAGCACCCAAGCAACCCAGCAAACCGGAAGUGUACUUCAUUAAGUAUCGCACACAAGAAGAAGCGCAACAUGCACAACGCACAAUCCAAGAGCAAUACGAUCAACUAGGUGGCACCACACAGAUCUCCGACGAAGGCGUUGCGCCAGUCGCUUCGGUAAUUGGAUCGCUGGACCACAACCAGGGCAACGCAGGCGGUAACAUUGGCAACAGUUUUGGUAUCUCAAGCAGCAGCGCUGGUGGCAGCAACAGUGGCGGGGCUGGCAAAUACCUGCCACCAAUUGUAUAAUUGUAAUUUAAGUUAAUUCAAAUUUUCAUCGAGUUUAAAUUAAUCGACUGAACGCCAUUUUAAAUGCAUCAUAGAAGAGAAAUUUGUUGAAAGGCGGAUAAAAACAGAGCAGAAAGCAAUGGCUAGAUAAAAUAAAUAUCUGUGCGCUCAAAAGUAAAAUUACAAUCACUUCGAUUUGCUUAUAUAUUUGCAAUUGUGUGAUCAAUUUAUGCGCUUCUUUAAUUU